AGGCCGCCAUGGUUGUGGCGGCGGGGUUUAGCUAGGAGAGUAGGAAAAAUGUCGAGAGGAAAGAGAGUUGGAUUAGGAAGAGAGAGGAGUACAAGGAGGGUAGAAGAAUGGCACGCGGGCAUCGAUGCUGGCGGAGGGGAUGGUGCCGCUACAGGCGACGAGAACGCCUGCGGGGUGGGCGACGAUGCGGCCGACGAGAACGCAUGCGGGGUGGGCGAUGAUGCGGCCGACAAGAACGCGUACUGGGAGGGUGACGAUGCGGGCGAGUAUCCGAGCGAUGGACUUACGCCGCAUUAUCAAUGCCGAUCAAACUCCUCUUUUCGUGGAGAUGCCAGCUGGCCGGACGUUGGAGCAGAAGGGGUCCCGUUCGGUGCCGGUGAAGACCGCUGGAUACGAGAAGCAACGCUUGACCGUGAUGCUAGCAUGCACGGCCAGCGGCGACAAGCUCCGGCCGUGGGUAUGGUUCAAGCGCAAGACCAUACCCAAAUGUGAAUGUCCCUCGGGACGCAUUGCAUCAUCCCUGCCAACAUUCCGGCUGGGUGCACUCCGCUGAUUCAACCCCUUGAUGUUUCCAUCAACAGGUGUUUUAAAGCGGGGGUGAGGGCAUGCUAUGCAAAGUGGUUUGCAAAGCACGGCAUCAACCUACG